AUGUCCAGGGACGCCGUCAUCAUCAUUAUCCUCUUCUUCCAAAAAUAUGUUGUGAAGAAGAGCGGGGAGGAGGCGCGCUCUCGCCCGCGCGAGGAUUGGCGACGCGCGCAGAACGGCAACGCGAAUCAGUUGGCGCAGAUGGCGGCCGCCAUGUCGCAGCUGAAUUCGUUGGCGAACUCGAGCUUACGGGCGGCAAGCUCGCAGCAACAAGCUCAGCAACCAGUCACGAUAACCCCGGAGGCGAUGAUGUUUUGGCAGAAUAUGAUGCAGGCGCAAAUGCUGCAGCAGAUGGCAGCCGCUGCCAAGCAGCCGAACAUGGAGGAGAUGCUCAAGAAGAUGAUGCAGAAGGCGAUGGCGGCUAGCAAUAAAGGUGCGGCGACGAAAACGAGCAAGUCCAAAGAGCCUGGAGAGGUUGUCAAGCAGCAGCAGCAACAACAACAACAACCGUCGACGUCAACGGCGUCGACGUCGUCGGGAGCCGCUAAGAAUACGAUCGACGCGGCGAUGUGGCAAUUGGUCGCCGCGCAAAUGAUCCAGCACCAGCAAUUGCAGAAUGAGCAAACGAAGAAGUUGCGUGAAGCGCAGAAGCAGAAGGAGGAGAGCAUUAAAGCGACGAAACAGCAGGAGCAGAUUAUUAAGAUGCUCAUUCAGCAGCAGGUGAUGCAGAAGCAGAAGGCGAUGGAAGAAGCCGUUGAUUCGACGGAUGCCGCGAAGAGCAAGAAGGUGGCGAUGAUGGCGGAGAUUAAUGUCAGAUUGGCGUUACAAUUGGGAUGGAAGCGUCAAACUUGCGUGAGGACCAUUACAGCUUCUGGAGUCCGUGGUGACGUUAGCUAUUAUGCACCAUGCGGCAAGAAAUUGAGCACUUAUACGGAAGUUCAACGGUAUCUCACGAAGAACGACAUCAAAUUUUUGAAUCGCGACAACUUCUCGUUUACUAGCAAACUGAUUGUUGGCGAGUUCAUUGUGCCGAAAACCAAAGAGUCGUCGGACGGCGAUGAUGCGUCGAAAGAGUUCGUCGUGAUGAGCGAGGAGGAGGUCAAUAAAGAGCUGGCGCGACUCAUCGCGUUGAAAGCGCCGCCGAAAUUGGUAAUGGCGACGAAUAAUGCGGCGAGCUCGUCGGGCGUCUCGCCGUCGAGUAGCAGCACGGAAGCGGCGAGAGAGGAGCAGUCGAGAGCCGCGUCUCCCGAAGAAAUUCUUGACAAUUUAAAUGAUGAUUAUAUUGAUGAGACGGUUGUCACAACGUUCGGACCCAAUGGAGAAGAGCACAAGUCGAGAGAGCCCGGCGAUGAUCUUCUAGUUCAUGAAAUACGACCGCUUCCCGAUUUGCCGAGAAUUGGGAAUCAGUGCCUCGAUUCGGUGGGAUUCGGUGACGCUGUAAUGAUUCACGAAUUUCUUCACAAUUUCUAUGCGGCUCUUCAAAUUGAUUUGUCACAAAUUCCGCCACUUGAAGUGCUUUGCGCGGGUCUCGCUGGCGAUGAGAAGCAUGCGGACGCCGUCCUGCAUUUGAGUCAGAAGCUGUUUUGUUUGGCGUUGGAACAUCCCGGGAUGGCGUCGACGCCGAGAAGCGAAACGCGUUUCGGUCAAGGCGCCGGUGAAUUGGGAAUUGAUCGCGACAAUUUCAGCGAGGUUUUGAGAUUAUUUCUAGCGGGCAAGGACAAAAAAGGCCAAAAGCUAUCUGAGCUUCUCGAUGCCACGAUUUACGAGAAACUUCGAGGCGAGGAGAAGGCGGCGAUACUGGCGUAUCUUUGCGAUGAGCUUCUCGCGUCGCCGAACGUGAUUCGCGAGAUUGACCGAAAUCUUGAUGAGAUGGGACGAUUGCGUGGCGAGAAAUGGCUUCGCGAAGGCAAAGCGCGAACGCUGAAAACGAUGCAGCAGAAGAAGCAGAAUGCCGGCUCGUCGGCUCAGCCGAAUGUCGACGGAAGUGAUUCGGAUGGAUCGAGGCCGACGACGCCGGCGCAAGCCCACGCGCAUUCCACGACACCGCAGAAGCAUCAGGUACCGACGGCGGGGCUUGCGAAGAAGUUCACGCCGGGGCUUGGCCAGUGCGAAGUGUUGACAGCGGAAGAGGAGGCGAUGAGUGUGGAAGAAAUGGAAUCUUGCAUUGCCGAACUUCAUGCGGAAGCGCAACAGAUCAAUCGGAAAAUCCAUGAGACGUCGUUGAGGGUUCGAUCGUUCCCGUUUGGAUUGGAUCGCUUCCAUCGACAAUAUUGGCUUCUCGCCCAUACGCCGACGGUUCUUAUUGAAUCGAUCGAGAGCGCGGCGCGAAAUAAUCCGGCAUGCAACGUGUUCGAGGUUUGUGCGAAAGAUCCCGCACCACUUGAAGCGCCCAAAGAUUCGACGAUCAGGAUUGACGAGGACGUUUUGGCGUGCGUUGAGGAUCUUGUCGAUACCAUCAUCCUGAAUCGAGCCAAAGCGGAUAAGAAGCAAAGGCGUCGAUACCGCCGAAUUGAUAACCAUAUGAAGAGAGGAUGGUGGACGCUGGAUUCUAAGGAAUCAAUCGAGCAUCUGAAGACGUCGCUGCACGGACGAGGAAUGCGUGAAAGAUGCCUUCAUCGACUUCUCUGCAAGCCGUGGUUCCUGAAUGACAUCAAAUUGGGAAAGAUAACCCUGGAACCUGUGGAAUCAAAGCUUCAACAUGAGGUUCUUGAUAGACAAUCGCUGAAACGUAUUGAUGAAGCCAUUGAAAAGUUGCGCCGUCGAAUGAGAAUGUCGGAUGUUGUGAUACCUGAAUACUCGGACAAUGGAAAAGGCAAGCCGACGGUGACGCCGACUCAUAUGGCUUUGGCGCAAGUUGUUCGUGAUGACAUUGCUUGGAAGACGUAUGACGACGAGAAUGAGCGAGACGUCGAUUUGGAAGAAGCUCAAGUGCGCUCGAGAAUUGUGGAGACGGCGAAAUGGGUUGUGCCGAAAUUCUGGCGGCCGGCGUUCGCUUCGCGUAUCGGCGACGACGGCGUUGAGAAGGAGCCGGAAAAAAUGGCGGAAUGGAGGCGCUAUGUGCUCGAGGAGGCUUCGACGACGAGCCAGUUGAUGGUCGGAUUGCAGGUGCUUGAGGCGAUGAUCGCGUGGGAGCGCACACCGCGUGAAGCAUUAUGCCAAAUUUGCAAAUCGAUGGACGGCGAUGAGAUGUUGGUGUGCGAUGGAUGCGACAAUGGAUGCCAUAUGGAAUGCUUCAGGCCCGCCAUGACGAAAGUGCCUAGCGGCGAUUGGUAUUGCCCGCGUUGCCGUGAACAGCGCACCGGUCGAAAUUUGUGUAUGUUCUGCUGUAAGGAGAAUGGAACGCUGAUCACGUGCCAACGAUGCGCCUACCAUAUGCAUUAUGAUUGUACGGUCGAGGAAAAGUCGGCCAAGGAGCACUAUGAUCCAGAAAAGUUCAUUUGUCCGCAUUGUGUUGAUGUUAAGACAAUCCGGUUUGCUAAACGUGUCAUGUUCCGCGAUGAGAGUGAGGAGCGCGAGAUUGAGGAGGCGGAAGGUGAGCAUCAGCAGCAGCAGCUUCAGCUACAACAGCAGAUGGAGAGCAACAAACCGCUAUUGAGAUCGAACGCUACAACGCCGACGUCGUCGACGACGAACGUUGUGAACGGCUCGUCGAGCUCCGGCGAGAAGAGAGUCGCGGUGAAGCGUAAAAUCAACGAGCCGGUUCAACUGCAUCUGCCGUUGGAGAUGAAUCAUGAUUUGUGCAAGGCGAUGCUCGAUGAGCUCGAAGCUCAACCGUUCGUUGGUCCGUUCUUGGAGCCGGUCGAUUUGAAAGCGGUGCCCGGCUACAAGCAGAUCAUCCAGAAGCCUAUUGAUUUGUCGAUGAUUCGUAGUAAGAAUGAGUCGUACGCGUAUGAGACGCCCGACGAGUUCGCGUCGGACAUCGAGUUGAUGCUGUUCAAUUGUCGGACGUUCAAUGUGGAUGAGUCGGCGGUUGGACAAGCCGGAAUUCAAAUGAAGAAGUUCUUCACGAAACGCUGGCGCCAACUCAAAUAUAACUAUUCGAAGCGAUUCAAACGACUUCAGAAGUAUCGCUGA